UGUAAUAUCCGGCAGCUCUCCCGUUUCCAAAGGGAACAGGCAGCUUCCUGAGAAGCCAGACGCAGGCGGAGCGCCUGAGCGGAGAGGGAGAGCGCCGAGAACUUGUGCCCUGACUGCAGUGCUCGCGCCACGUCACCAUGACAUCUGGACCCACCAUGACAGAACCCAUUUGUCUAGUAGAAAACCACGGAGAGCAGUUGAAUGUGAAUCGAAAAGCAUUACAGAUUCUUGACAAGAUUUCUCAGCCUGUGAUGGUGGUAGGCAUUGUAGGGCAAUACCGGACAGGAAAAUCCUACCUGUUGAACCGCCUAUUAGGACAGAACCAUGGCUUCCUCCUGGGUUCCACAGUGAGGUCUAAAACCAAAGGUAUUUGGAUGUGGUGUGUACCCCACCCCUCCAAGGUGAACCACACCCUGGUCCUUCUGGACACUGAAGGUCUAGGUAAUAUAGAAAAGGUCGACCCCAAGAAUGACUCAUGGAUCUUUGCCCUGACUGUGCUUCUGAGCAGCACCUUGAUCUACAACAGCAUGGGCACCAUCAACCACCAGGCCCUGGAGCAGCUGCACUAUGUGACUGAACUAUCACAGCUAAUCAGGGCGAAGUCAUCCUCAAAGUUCAGUGGGGUAGACGACUCUGCCAACUUUGUGAGUUUCUUUCCAGAUUUUAUUUGGGCUCUACGAGAUUUCACACUGGAAAUGAAGAUAAAUGGACUCUUCAUAACUGAAGAUGAGUACCUGGAGGAUGCCUUGAAGCUGCUUCCAGGCACAAAUCCCAAAAUCCAGAAUUCCAACAUGCCCAGAGAGUGUAUCAGGCAGUUCUUUCCAAAACGGAAGUGCUUCGUCUUUGACCGGCCUACAAGCGAUAGAAAUCUCUUAUUCCAUCUUGAGAAGGUGCCAGAAGACAAGCUAGACAGUACUUUCCAGGAGCAAUCAAAGAAAUUCUGUACCUAUAUUUUCAAUCACACAAAGACCAAGACCCUAAGAGAGGGAAUCACUGUCACUGGGAGCCGGCUGGGGACUCUGUUGAUAACCUAUAUGGAUGCCAUCCAUCAUGAAGCAGUUCCUUGCUUGGAGAACGUGGUGACAACUCUGGCUCAGAUUGAGAAUCCAGUGGCCGUGCAGAAGGCAGCUGACCACUACAGAGAGCAGAUGGCCCAGCGACUGAGGCUCCCCACGGACACGCUUCAGGAGCUGUUGGAUGUACAUGCACACUGUGAGAGGGAAGCCAUUGCAGUGUUCAUGGAGUACUCCUUCAAAGACGACAAGCAGGAGUUCCAGAAAAAACUCAUGGAGACCAUAGAGGAAAUAAAGGAAGAUUUCUUGCUGCAGAAUGAAGAUGCAUCUGUCAAAUAUUGCCAGGCACAGCUUAAGCAACUUUCAGAGUCCUUGAUGAAAAGCAUUUCAAGAGGAACUUUCUGUGUUCCUGGAGGAUAUCAUCUUUACUUAGAAGAAAAGGAAAAGGUUGAAUGGGACUAUAACCAAGUGCAAAGGAAAGGGGUUAAGGCAAAUGAAGUUCUCCAGCACUUCUUACAGAACCAGGUGGCAGUAGAGAACUCCAUCCUGCAGGGAGAUGUUGUCCUCACCUAUCAGGAGAAGGCCCUAGCAGCUGAGUUUGCUUUGAAGGAGGCAGCUGAGAAGGAAGUAGAGCUUCUAAGUCAGAAAUACAAGGAGCAACAGCAAAAACUGGAGGCUCAAGAGAGAAGCUUCAAGGAAAAUAUAAAGCAACUGAGAGAUAAGUUGGAGAGAGAAAGAGAAAGCCUUCAGAUGGAGCAAGAAAAAAUGUUGAAUCACAAGCUGAAGAUCCAAGAAGAACUUCUUAAUGAAGGAUUCCUACAGAAAUCUGAGGACUUGCAUACAGAGAUAGAGCUACUAAAAAAAGAGAUUGCAGCGGGUGCUAAGCAGACUAAGGAGGAGGCAGCUGGGAAGAAACUGGAGCUGCUAAGAUGGAAAUACAAGGAGCAACAGCAAAAACUGGAGAUUCAGAAGAGAAGCUUCAAGGAAAACUUAGCCCAACUGAGAGAGAAGUUGGAAAGAGAAAGUGAAAACUUUCAGGGGGAACAGGAAAAAACAUUGAAGCACAAGCUAACGAGCCAUGUCUUGCAAGAAGUUGCUGUUGCCGAGGCCAAAGAGAUGGCUGCCUGUGUUCUCCUCUAG